AUGCCCUUCUUCACUGCUCCUCCUCCCGACAAUGCUUCCGAGUUCAGCUUGAAGCAAGAUGACCAGCGGAUCCAUAUCAUCACUAAAGGAAUUCUGAACGCGAGUUCGUACCUCGCGACAGAUUAUCAACGGCCGGAUCGCGUCCCUUGUGAACCCACUGAACAGCUGUUGCCCCGAUUUCUGCUCGUAGGGGUGGGCCCUUUCGCGAUUCGAAGCUACCUGCCCCGACUCAAAAGCCUAGAGGCCGAGGGGCGAGCCUCACUCGUUGCCGCCGUUGACCUCGAGCAGAAACGAUGCGGUCUGGAGAAGCUCCGACAAACCAAAUUCCCUUCGACGGAAUUCGUCUAUGUGGCACCAUUCACCACCAAUAUGCCCGAACCGAUCGCUCUGAAGCUGACAGAGCUCGUGCUCCGACUGCAAGUAACAUGCGUCAUCAUCAGCACUGAGCCUCUUUCGCACCGUGUCUACGGCAAUUGGGCACUGGGACUCGGUCUCAAAAUUCUCAUGGACAAGCCCAUCUCGACACGUGAAUGGGUCGUCGCCGAUCUUGAGCAGGCGAAGGGAAUUGCGGAAGACUUCAAGUCUUUAGUCGAUUCCUACCGCGAGCUGCAAAAAAGGAAAACUACAUUCUUCAUUGUCAACAGCCACCGCCGCUACCAUCUCGGUUUCCAAGCAGCGGCCGAGAGAGUCCGAGAAGUUCAACAAUCCACAGGCUGUCCUGUCACGAGCAUAUACACGGCUCACUGCGACGGACAAUGGCGUUUGCCCACUGAAAUCAUGCAGCUGAACUACCACGGGUACAACAAAGGCUACGGCAAGGUCUCACACAGCGGUUACCACGGCAUAGACUGCGUGUACCAGUUUCUGAAAGCCGGUGUAGGAAACGACAAGAGCCCGGACAGAGUCGAUGUCAACAGUAGCUUCGUGCAACCUGCAGGUGCCUUCUUUCAAUUAACCAAGAAGGACUACAAAGGACUGUUUGGCGAGAAAGCGUACUCUGAAGCAUGCAAGUUCACGGCUGAAGAGCUGCGUGAAAAGACGCGGAACUUUGGGGAGAUUGACGCUUCUGUGCAGCUGACAUUCUACCACGACAAUGACGUCGUGGCCCUGGUCCACCUUGACCUCCAACACACCGGUUUCGGACGCCGCACGUGGGUUGAGCCCAAUGCAGAUCUGUAUAAAGGAAACGGCCGUGCGCGUCACGAAAUGCACGAGAUCAAGUCUGGUCCGCUCCAAUCUGUCAUCAUCGAGUCGCGCCAGGCUAGCGACAAGCAUGAUGUUUUGCGACCGGACCAUUCCGUACUUGGUGGUAAUGGACAUUUCGAUCUGAAGGUGUUUCGUAACGCUGGAUUGCUUGGGCAAAAGGAGGCCAUGAAGGUUACGAAGCUUGAGGAUAUCGUUCAGUCGAGGGGAGGAGAUUAUCAAACGUACACGCGUACCGUCAAGUACGCUGCGUUAGAUGAGGCUGUUAGGUUCCUGGAGGGUGGUAUGGGAAUUGAGGAUCUGAGGUCUAAUCUGACAGAUCAUGAGGUGCCUGCGUAUCUUAUGAGUGCGAUCUACCUGUCUCAUGGAAGACGAAAGAGCGGUCUUGACCCUACGGUCUCGCUGAAUCUCUCCAUCAAAGAUGGGUCUGGACAAGCUAGCUUUUAA